AUGAAAUUAAAAAGUAUAUUAAUUUUAGUAUUAAUAAUUGUUUUUUCAUUAUUCAUUAGUGGGGGUUGGGGCCAAACUUAUGCAAACAGUAAUAGUGGGUUAACAGCUAGCGGAGGCUCAACAGAUAGCCAUGGAUCAAGCAAUGGAAACUAUACAUCAAGCGAAGGAUCACACCAUGGAAACUAUACAUCAAGUGAAGGAUCACACCAUGGAAACCAUACAUCUAGCGAAGGAUCACACCAUGGAAGCUAUACAUCAAGUGAGGGAUUAAAUGGAGGUGGUAACAAUUGUCCAUACCCAAAUGAUAGAAAUUCAACAACAAACGAUAAUGCUGCAGAAUUCGUUUCUAUUUCGUUAUGUUCUGAUGAUAAACAAUGCACUGAUAUAGUUAGAAGAAGAAUGAAAGUUGGCGAGGUGGUAAAAGAUUCAAAUAAUAACAGUUUUGUUUAUGUUGGGGAUCAUAAAGUAUGUUAUUCCGUUUAUUAUUCCAGAGAUGGUUGUUUGGGUGGUGAUGGUACCUCAAGAUGUGAAAACUAUUGUUUCCAAGCAACCCCCAAAACAAAUAAUAUGGUUAUCGUUAUGAGGGAGUUUUUAAAUUAUUAUUGCAGUCAAUAUUUAAAAACAUCUUACUAUAUCACUAUUGGCGAGCCCAGUAGCCAUUCUAACAGCUUUGGUGACUCUGUUUCGUCUUCAACAAAAAUUAAACCAACAAUACUAUUGGGACUAUCAAUACUUCUUAUCAUGUUUGGUUUAUAUAAUUAA